UUGUAGCGAAGCGCGCGCAAAAUUUCAUGACGCAAAACCAUUUCAAAAGAAACAUUUUUAAGAUAUAUAAGCGUUGUUCAUGAAGAGCACAUUAGUGAAUUAAACUGUUCUGUAAAAUUCAGAGGACAAAUAUGGCGAACAAAAUUCCCUUAUUUUUACCGCUCGUUUGUGCUCUCAUUGCAUCAUGCAAUGCACGUAUUCAAGAGGGUCGUCCUAUAGAAGCCAAUGCAAUUCCAGCAGUAAAAGAUACGGAUGGAGAAGGAGAGGUCAUUCCAGAUGUAACAGUAGUACAUGUAGCGAAGAAAACCGUUGAAGACAUCUUGACAUCAGACCAAUGGCCAACGCAAGAAUUUAAACCGUUAAAAGAAGCAGAAACUAAAGAAGAACCAAUCCAAGUCAUUAUUCCAUCCAUGACACCGGUUCAACCACCAACCAAAUUCAUAAACGAAAUCCAAUUUAGUGCCUUCAAUAUUCCUAACUAUCCACAUGGAGCCGAUCAACGUGUUGAAUAUUAUUCAGGUACUUAUGGAUCGGGUGAAAAUGAGUUUGCUAUUCUCGUAAAAAAAUCGAUACAUGGCUACGAAAACGUCCUAUACCAAGAAGCUCAGAUAUUGCAGGCACUUUCCAACAAACCACAUUUUCCCCAGUUGAUCCAAUACGAUGGCCGAAAUCUCACGAUGACAGCACUUUGCUCAACAUGGACCCAAUAUACAGCCGUGCAGUUUCAAAGUGGUGGAAUGGAUCUGGAAGAUGGCUACAAUAUGAUGCAUCAAAUGCUAGAUGCAUUGAAGGAGCUCCAUUCCCUUGGUUACGUGCACAGAGACAUUAGUGCAGAUAAUAUUGCAUUUGGUUGCCACUAUUACAAGGAUGUGCCUGAAUUGAAGGCUCCAUUCAGAUUAUCUGAAACUUCAAAACUUUAUCUUCACGAAUUUGGUGCUACCGAGAACAUUGUACAUUCAAUUUUAAACAAAUACUAUUUUUUCUCCGGAUCUUGGGAUUUUGUUUCAAACGCUACCAUGCAUGAUGAAGAACCGAUGUUUGUGCAAGAUGCUGAAUCGCUGGGAUACGUGUUUCUUUACGGAAUGAACGGUGGUUUAUUCUCAUGGACCUCAACGGAUGGCACCAUUAGACUUGAGGAUAAUAUUGCAAAGAAAGCAGCACUUGACUUGGAUGAAAACUUGAGUCGCAUGAAGGGAGAUGAGCCAAUCAUAGCCAAGGCAAGACGUUCUAUCUCCAAAUACUUCAGUUUGAUCAGAGAGCAUACGUUACACAAACCAAAAGAUCUUUUAGAUUAUGAAGCAUUGAAAGCAUAUAUAAUAUUAAUGAACAGUAAGAAAAAAUCAUCUUUGAACUUUGUUUAAUUUUUUCUUUCAAACUCAAUUUGAACCUAUUCGUGUAAUACACGAUCGAAUUUAGACCAGAAAAAAAUAAUGAAAAUGAAUUUAACGAAUUACCCUUUCGGUUUCUCUGACUCAUAUUAAAAUUUGGGUCGUCUACAUGUUUUUGUACUGAAAAGCAUAAAUAAAAAAGAAAUAAAGCCCA